ACAAGCAGAGAAGACAGUGUGCAUCAUCAGUGGCAACACAUUGCAAUUUGCAAGUGAUCUGGCUUGGCCCUGCCACUCAGCCUCCUAGUGAGAGACGAUGGAGAAGGCAAUGCUGCUCUUGUUGCUGAGCUUGUGCGCCUCUCGACUCGGCGGCGCAGUGGCGCAGCAGUACCAGUACUGGACGCCGGCCACCGCGACGUUCUACGGCGGGAGCGACGCGUCCGGCACCAUGGGCGGAUCGUGCGGGUACGGCGACCUGUACAGCGCCGGGUACGGGACGCAGACGACGGCGCUGAGCACAGCGCUCUACGGCGACGGCGCCUCCUGCGGCGCGUGCUACCUCGUCACCUGCGACGCGACGGGGACGCAGUACUGCAAGCCGGGGUCGCCGUCGGUCACCGUCACGGCCACCAACUUCUGCCCGCCCAACUACGACGACGCCAACGGGUGGUGCAACUCGCCGCGGCGGCACUUCGACAUGUCGCAGCCGGCGUGGGAGACCAUCGGCGUGUACCAGGCCGGCGUAAUACCCGUCAACUACCGGAGGGUCUCGUGCCAGCGGUCCGGCGGGAUCAGGUUCGCCAUCAGCGGGCACGACUACUUCGACCUUGUCACCAUCACCAACGUCGGCGGCGCCGGCGCGGUGGCCGCGGCGUGGAUCAUGGGCACCGGCGGCACGGACUGGCUGGCCAUGAGCCGCAACUGGGGGGAGAACUGGCAGAGCGGAGCCUACCUCACCGGAAAGGCCCUGUCGUUCAAGGUGCAGACGGACGACGGCAAGGUCGUCGUGGCGGAUAACGUGGCGCCGGCGAACUGGCAGUUCGGCAGCACCUACCAGGCCUCGGUCAACUUCUACUAGAGUUGGCCCAGUUGGCCGCGCCACUUCUGAUUCUAAUGAGUGGGCCAUGUUCACUAACAGCCCAUGAGCCCCGCAGAGAAUCCUUACAGUAAACACGUGUAUAAAUUUUUUUAAUUUGAUAAUAUACGAACAGAUUGUAAGCGCACUUAAGUGUAUUCCUAUAAUGUCCAUCUAAACGAAGUUCCAUGUUGAAUUUA